AUGGCGCCCGAAGCAGCCUCUUCUGUGCGCUCCACCGAGCGCCUGGAGGCGAGCAUCCCUGGCGCUUUCCUUGAUCCGCGCACUCCGAGCAUAGCUUCCAUCACCACGCACCAGACGUCCCUCUCGCAAGCCCUCUACGAGCGCCGCGCCGAAUACACGCGACCGCGCAAUGUGCGCAUCAAAGUCGGCACCUGGAACACGGGCGCCCAAAAGGGCACCGAGCACGACAUCGGCAAGUGGUUCGUCCAGGGCAAGGGCAUUGAAGAGUCGCUCGCUGGGCUCGGCGUGUCUGACCCUGGGGAGCACGGCAAGGGCGGCAGAGAGAGCGUUCCAGCGCAAGAAGCACGACAUAGCACGCGGGAGCCGACUGUCCCUCACCGCGAAGCAGGCGAGAUCCCGGGUGGACAGGACAUCGAUAUCUAUGCGCUUGGCCUGCAAGAGAUUGUCGACAUCACAUCCGCCGCAGAGGCUCUGAGACCGUACACCGACCCCACCACGGCCAACAAAUGGAAAGCGUCGCUCGAGGCUAUUCUGCCCAAAGGUUAUCAGCUGGUUUCCGAGCAGCAGCUGAUUGGCCUAUGGCUGGUCAUCUAUGUCUCCCCAGAAAUCGUACCGCAGAUCAAGAAUGUCAGUACCACGAGCGUGGGUACUGGCUUGAUGGGCUACAUGGGCAACAAGGGUGCUGUAACAACACGCAUAGUCUUGGGAGAGACGACGCGACUUGUCUUCAUAAACUCGCACCUGGCUGCUGGUGCAGACAAGGCAUCCUUGGACAGGAGGAAUUGGGACGCUGCUCAGAUCAACUCCCGAACGCGCUUCGACCCCAUCGUUGACGCCUUGGGAUCUUCGCAAAACACAGGUGAGAGUCUGGGUGAAGAAGACUUUGCCUUUUGGUUCGGCGACCUAAAUUAUCGUCUCAACGGUAUGCCAGGCGACGACGUGCGUCGCCUGCUCACGAUUCACACAAAAGACAUGGACAAAGAAGGAGACCAUGGUCGGUCGUCUACAUCUGGUGAUUCUGCAUAUGGCUCAAAGCAUUCGUCUGAGGAUACGCGCGACGCCGUUCCCGAGCCAGCAGAACUCGAUCCCGCUUCACUGCAAACCACCAUCUCGUCGCUGCUGCCGCACGAUGAAUUGCACCAGAUGAUGAAAGGCGGCAAGGCUUUCCACGAUGGGUGGGAAGAGGGCCCUGUCCGGUUCCUGCCGUCCUACAAGUAUGACAUCGGAAAGGUUGGCGUCUUUGACUCGAGCGAGAAGCGCCGCUGUCCCAGUUGGUGCGAUCGCAUCCUCUACCGGACACGAGCAUCUAAACAGCAAUAUGACAGCCGGGUAGAGGAUCAAGAAGCAGCGCGCAAACACGAUGAAGAGAUGAAGUUGAAGGGUAUCGACGUACCAGGAGACUACGAUGUCAUGUAUGAGUACGACCCUGACACUGAUGGAGAGACAUACGACGAGUACGAGGAAAAUGAAGACCCUGAGCCUGAGCCAAUCAAAACAAAGGAUGACCUUCCUGCUGAGCUGCUACUCGAGUACUACACCACCCACAUGCGCGUCCUCAGUUCCGAUCACAAGCCCUUGGAUGCAGUUUUCAAGCUACAAUACGAUGCUGUCGUUCCGGAGCUGAAGGCUGCUAUCCAUGGUGAGGUGGCUCGUGAGAUUGACCGUCAAGAAAACGAGGGUCGACCGUCGAUUGCGGUAGUAGUAGAACGCGCGACUGGUUCUUCGCCCGACGAUCGGAACAAAACAGAUAGCACCUUUGAAGGAGUAGAUUUCGGUGACGUCAAAUUCGCAAAGUCCUCGAGACGCAACAUCACCAUUGCAAAUACUGGACGUGUACCAGCUACCUUUGGAUUCGCCGAUCGCCCGGUAGAUAAAAACCAACCGGCUGGCCCGUUCCCCCCUUGGCUCUCUGUCACUUUUGACAAAGCGCAAGACAAGCUUGAUAAGCCAAGGCCAGACGACAUUCAUCAAUACUUCACACUCUCUCCUGCAGACGUGCUCAAUGUCGAGCUGAAACUCAAGAUCGAGAGUCUGAAUUCGGUGCGCGAUCUCAAUGAAGGGGAUGCUAUGAUUGACGAAAUCCUCGUCCUACGCGUCGAAAAUGGACGCGACCACUUCGUUCCUAUCCGCGCUCAUUGGCAACCGUCGGCACUCGCACGAUCUAUCGACAAGCUGAUCAAGAUUCCCGAAGGCGGUAUCAGGAAACUACAGAAUCAGAUACCAGCCCGUGGCGAGGUAAAAUGGAGCGUGCCUAGGGAAGUAUUCCGGCUGACCGAGGCGAUAGAAGACUUGACGGAGCGAACCCUAGCCGAGUGGGACAUGACCAAGAGUGAGGGAGAGAGGGCACCUUGGCAGGAUAAUGCAGGGUGGCCUUUUGUCAAGGGUCGGAGUGGCAGCAGGCAUGGUUGGGAAGACGAGCUCGCGGAGAUCUACGACGCGCUGGACUGUGAUACGCCUCUCAUCGAUGCGUUCUAUCCAGAGACCCGCAGCAAAGAGCGCGUUGAGAUGUUGGCCGAAGCCCUGAUCACCUUUCUAACUAGCCUCACCGACGGCGUGAUUACUAAGAGCCUGUGGGAGAAGUUGGAAGAAGCGUUAGCUCGCCGCGAGAAGGCUGCGAGAACUAUACCAUCUCUCGAUUACUCCACUGAUGAUGAGAAAAUGACCAUCCUAGAGAUACUGGCAACAGCGCCCAACCACAACGCUACCUUCCUCCUCAUACUAUCCUUCCUCCAGAAUAUCGCGAAUCAGAUUACCGAGGUGUCAAAACCUCGCCCAGAGGAUAGCAGCAAGAGAGCAAGCGCAGACAUGAGCCUUCCGUCCAGCCCCCAAGCAAAGGUUAGAAGGAAGACACUAAGCAAAGUGCCAGAAGUCGCUAUUCGACAACUUAUUGUGAGGAACUAUGCUGUCGUCUUUGCGGAAUGCUUGGUCAAAUGGAAGGACGGGGGAAAGGAGAAGGACAAGGCAGCCUGGAAAGAGAGGAUGCCGGGAAAGAAGACCACGUCCAGAACCUACCUCAUCUACUUUGUCACCGGAAAUCCUGGUCUCGUGGAAUACUACCGCACUUUCUUGACACAUUUAUACGGUCUGUUGAGUCACAACACAGCAUCUGAUCGCGAUGUUGAAUUCCAAGUCUACGGAAGAAGUCUGUCUGGUUUCGAAAUGAACAAUGCUGAGAUCAAAACGAUGAAAUGGCGGAAACAGCCCCCAUAUGGAUUGCAAGACCAGAUCAGGCAUUCUGAAGACGAAUUGGCGGAUUUGGUAGAAGAGAUUAAAGAGCAGGGAGCCAAGGAUGUCAGGGUCAUUCUUGUGGGUCAUUCGGUGGGUGCGUACAUCUCUUUGGAGAUUAUACGUAGGUUGAGGGCACAUGGAAUGGCGGGCGAGGAUUUCGAGACGAGGGUCGUGGGUGCAAUUGGACUGUUUCCUACGGUUGUCGAUAUUGCGAGAAGCGAGAGUGGGAUGAAAGCUUCUCCAUUCCUGAAGAACUCGAACUUUGCAACAUUUGCAGCGCUCUUCGUCAACUUCUUAACUUUUCUGCUUCCCAUUUCUCUCAUUGCGAACUUGAUAGCAAAGUUUAUGGAUUUCCCCUCCGAUGCGGCGCAAACAACUGCGGCUUUCGUUAAAUCACCCCACGGCAUUCACCAAGCACUUCAUAUGGCGCGCGAUGAAAUGUUCCAAAUUGACACCGACAUCUGGGACGAAGAAAUCUGGGGCGCCGCUGCCUCCGAACCCGCAACCAAGCACCCGCAUCCCCGGCCAAUCUUGCGCUUCUUGUUUGCACGCGAGGAUCAUUGGGUCGCGGAUGCGACUAGGGAUGCACUAAUUCACAGCCGUGGAAGAUUCAGCCGUGGAGAUGGUGUGGAUGAGAUUGAAGGGCAGGGCGAGAAUUGGAAACCUAUCAUGGAAAUUGACGAGAGAGAGGGAUGGCCUCACGGUUUCUGUAUUCGCCAUGGAGUGCCAGUCGCAGAGAGGGUAGCUGGGUAUGUGAGAACGAUUGUGGCACAGGAUAUGGCGAGGAAGUACGUCAGCGCUGCAUCCACCAUGACACGUAACUCCCACAAAACUCCAGGCUCCCACGGUCAGCUAUAUCAAUACAACGAGCUGCCUUGCGAUGGAUCCUUCCGCUACCUAAGUCUUCACCGUGGCAGUGGCGCCGACCCACUCAGGUGUAGUUUACAGACAGGGUCUGUGUUAAAAACAAAAUUCGAAGCUAUAUCGUACGUGUGGGGAAAGAGCAAAAAGAACAGGAAGAUCAUGUGCGAUGGUCGUGUUAUCAGGAUAACGACCAGCCUGUCCAACGUACUACGACGUCUUCGACUUCCUCACAAGCGGCGUAAGCUGUGGGCUGAUGGCAUCUGUAUCAAUCAGGAUGAUCUGAACGAGAAAGGUCAUCAAGUAGCAAUGAUGGGGGAGAUUUACCGUUCAGCGACUCGUGUUCUUAUCUACGUUGGAUCUGAUGAUGAUGGCCAUGGUCCGCAGGUGUGCUCUUUGCUGGAUGAUGUCAAUCGAAUGAUUGAUGAAACAUGCGAGCAUAUUGACAUGUCGUGGGAUUCUUAUCCUUAUCUCGAACAAGAUGAUCCCAUCUUGUCGGAUACCCGAUGGAAAUCCCUCACCCACCUGAGCUGUCAGAACUGGUUCAAGCGCGGUUGGACGGUACAGGAAGCCGCCCUUGCACAGCAUAGUCAGGUCGUUUGGAAUCAGACCACUUUUAGCUGGGAAAAACUAAUGCGCACAGAUUUGUGGCUGAUUAGGCGCGCUUCUGAUCUACACCAUGAACUCAAUUUGGGUAUCAUGGCAUGUCACAAUGAAGCUUACAAGCAACGCAAGAAGGCUUUCGCGCGGAUCUUCUAUCAGGAGCUAAGUUGGUCAGCGCCCUCCUUGUUACGUACUCUCAAUAUGGCAAGGGUUUUAGAACUUUCAGAUGCCCGCGACAGAAUCUAUGCUUUCAUGGAGUUAUUAGAAAGCUCUGAAAAGGUGCUCGCCAUAAAACCCAACUAUAACCUAGCCCCCCUGGAAACCUAUCGGCAAUUCGCAAUGCAGUACGUUCGAGAAACUAAGAGUAUCGAUAUUCUGGAUUUUGUUCAAUAUCGCCCAUGUUCUGCCGAUUUUGAUGGACCUUCGUGGAUACCCCGCUGGGACGUUGCCAGAAUUCCUUUUGCGCCACGGUUCCGCCAAGAUGGAGUACCACUUACCUCACGUGACGGAUCCAUUGGUGAGCCAGAAGUCAUAGACCACCAAAUUCUAUCAGCAAGAGGUGUAGUCACUGAUAGCAUAAGAUACGCCUCAGAUGAUUUCGAAUAUGACCUCACAACGCCGCAUUCAGUGCGAGAACUGUGGACAGUCGUCGGUCCCAUGCUUGAGGACUCACCUUAUGAAUCCUCCUAUAGGUUAGAUGUCUUCCUAAAUGCUUUGUCUUUGGGCAAAUAUGACGGGGGAUGGUGGGAAUGGUGGCGGUCUAGAGCUGCGUUCAAGGCAUACCUUCAAACCGAGCACGAUGAAAGGACGCUCAACGAGCCAUCACAUCACGAUCAUAUUUCAUCGAACAGAACCUUGGAAGUCUCAAGAAUUCAUAUGCAAGGCACCCGACUUGUAGUCACGAUGCGUGGGUACAUCGGUCUAGCUGAUGUCGUUGUUCAGAAGGAUGACAUUUGUGGAAUCAUUUUCGGCCGCAAUAUACCUUGCGUCUUGCGUCAAGUCCCUGACAGCAAUUAUUACAGAUUCAUCGGUAGUGCGUAUCUCAUGGGCAAGAAAGGUUAUGAGAUAGAAGAGGGAGUUGUCGUUUUUUGCGACCCUCUAGGUCACGAAGACAGCAAGGAUUGGGUUGAGUGGGACAUCGAAGAACAAGAUAUUUACCUAUUCUGA